ACGGCCUGUUACAGAAGGGCGGAGCAAUACAACGCUUGUCUGUACCUGCAAAGAGGAGCGGUGUCUUGAUUCUUCAAACUGCAUCAGUGCCAGUGACCGUCCUGGAGCAUCUAAGGUGUUACCAGCUCACCAGAAGAGACCCUGCAGCAGCUGUGGUUGUUGACCCUGACAAUCUCAAUGACUACACCCCCCUUGCUGCAUACCCUGUUGAAGCAUGUUCAUGUUACAUUAAGUUACUGCUGCCUCAUUAAUGAUGCUUCUCCGAGUCAUAGUCUCACCUCAGGAAAUAAGACGUGUCACCCUACAAGAUAUUCCCCCAUCCGUCGAUGAGCUAUGUACAGUGCUGCGCAACACUCUGGUACUCCGAGGGAACUUUAUUUUACAGUUUGAAGAUCCAGACUUUGGGAAUGAGCUCUGCAAUUUGACUGAUAUCAAGGAUCUACCAACCGAACGAGCCACACUGAAAGUUCUGUUUGUGUUAUCUGAACCACUUUCUGACUCAACAUUAGAUACUGCAAGCCUUGGUUCCCAGAGUACUGCAAGCCCUAGUCCCUCCAGCAGUAGUACUGCAAGCCCUGGUCCCCCAAGUAGUGCAGAUCCAACAGAAUGGCCUGAACCAUUUGUUAUUCCACAUUUCUCUCAUGAUGUUGAGUAUCAGCUGAGGGUAGCAAAUGAUGCCUAUGCCAGUGAUGGAGCUGUGAUUGUUGUCUCAAAGAGUGUGAAGAGUGAAAUACUGGACAGACUGGCUGAUUGCAUCACCAAAAUCACUCCCUAUCCUACUAGAGACAACAUAGAAAGUGUGGCUAAAGCUCUUGUGGUCAAGCAACCUUGCCUGAGGGAGCCAGGGUCUGGUCAAGGAUGGUAUUGCUGGAAGUUCAGCUUGGUAUUCAAGAUGGGCAAUUAUCGUCAGAGGAUGAUGGCAGCUGGAUGCCCAGAAGUUCUGGUAAAUAAAAGAAAAAGAGGAAAAGGAAAUGGCAAACCACUCAAGAAGUCAAAAAAGGGAGAGAUCCACUAUUUGCCACAGCCACCUGAGGGACAAACUGCAGUCAAAGCAGAGAAGGAUCGUGAAACCAUGGCUCUAGAAGUGCAGAAGAAGGAUCCAAAUUUACAGGUCCUGGAUGAAUUGAUGACCGCAACAUUUGCACAGCGGAGACAAGAAAUAAUCGGUGAUGAACCUCUCAUUUCUCUUGUCAAGGACAGAUGGCCUGCAUUGUUUAGUGAGCGACAGCUAAUUGCAGAGUUCCGGAGAAUUGUCACCAAAGACCUGCUGGAAUCUUUUUUGGGUGGACUUGAUGCCUUCAUGCCCAGUCUUCUACAACUUUACAAAGCAGCUGCUGCAUCGGGCAGGAGGUUGGUCCUGAGCAGCGUUCUGGAUUGCCUUCAAAAGGAGGACACAAACCAAAACCAAAGAACAGCUGCCCUUCUUGGUCUCCCAUGCUACUUUUCAGAAGAUUCCUCCAGCGUAAUCAGGAUGUGUAAUGCUCAUGGCGAAACUCUCGAUGUGAUAAUGAGCGGGAUGGAAGUUGGACUGCUGAUUGGACACGAAGGCCCUCUGCAGGAUGCAUUCCCUUUAGAGGUCUUCAAUGUGGCUGUGGUAGUAGAGGAAAAGAUCAUCCUACAUGACAUCAGAGAUGUGCCCACUGGCUUUACCAUGUUACUGGGCACCAUCUACUGCCUUAACCUUGAGUACCCACAAAAUAUGAGGUACUCCUUUGAGUUCCUCCAGAAGGUCAUCAUGAACAUUAAACCAGACCAAUGCUCUGCAAGAGUCCAUGGACUAAGAAAUAAACUGCUUCGAUAUCGCUUGUAAAAAUUUAACUUGUGUUUAAAUAUCACAAAUGUUUUUUGAUUGUUUACAAUGUUGGGCAUUUUUGUUCUUUGUUCAUAAGGUUUUAUGAACCUGCCUACAACUCUACCUCACCAUCUCCGUGUCUACAACCUUCUUCUUCUCUCCCUUGCUCGCUCUCUGUUCCCACAACCCCAUCUUCGCUUUUUAUAACCCUACUUUCUCCAUCCCCCUCCCAUGUGGUUUGCUGUUUGGUUGUGAAAGCAUGGUGUUAAAGUUUAUGAAGAUUUUUUUAUUAAUAAAUGUUGUAAUUUUGGAUAAAUGCAAGCAUUUGGUGUGUUCUGUCAUAUAUCAUGAGAGUUGAAACAAAUUUGAAAUUUAAAUUCUUUUAACUUGAA